AUGUGUUCGUUGAGGUGUUCACUGGACGAGUCGAUCCUGCCACAUCCCACUUACGAUCUGCAAAAGGGCCUUGUCUAUACGCCGUCGAAAGCAUUCAGGUUCACAAAAUCUCGACGAGUUCACUUCAAUUGUAUGUUGUCGGUAUGCCAUAAAAACGAUGAAGAUUGCAUGAGAGAAAUCCCGCCUCGAUGCUCGCGAAUACGGAAACGUCAGUUGUCCAGCAGUGAGAUUUCCGUGGAAGAACGACUGGAGCAAAUACGAGCUCAGAUGAAUGCGAUGAACAAUUUGUCGAACAAUUUGGGUUUCGAUGAGUUGAUUUUCGAAGAUAGUGAAGUUAGAGGCAGUGAAAAUGUGGUAUCUCGUCCACUUCUGAUCAACGAUGAGGACGAGUUUGAACAGCAAGGUUUCUCACCUCAGCCGUGUUUACCGUCCAAUUAUGUACACUGGAUCUACGCAUUGCUCAUUACUAAUGUACUUUCUAUACUUGUGGCUGUAUUGGCAUGUAGUAAUCUCUUAAAGAAUUAUUUUGCCAUAGAUAUUGUCACUACAAGACACAAAUAUCGGUGUGCAACGUAG